CCAGUUGUUACUACCGACCUUUAUAACGCCACCAACUAAGCGUUAGAUCUACCCGCAAUAUUUAUGGCUUUGACGUAGCAUAAACAAAUAUCAAGUUUAAUUGUAGUACUUACAAAGGGUACUUCAACAAAUCGCAUUGUUAUUUGACACAGUGUUGAUUGUGGUUUUAAGUCCAGACGUGUUUUAAAAUAACCUAAGUGAUUUCUUUGAAACAUGCCCUCGAAAAGGCCACUGAAGAAAAAGGCUUUAAGCCUUAACGAAAUAAUUGACAACCUACACCAUUUAGAUUCUGAUGAUGAUUUGCCAAAUGAAAUCACUAUUUUUCCACCGGAAAAUCCGAAUACUGAAGUAACUGAUGAAGAUUCGGGUGAUGAAGAAUUUCUGUCAUUACAUAAUCUUCCAGGAUCUCAGCUAAGGGCUCCCGCGGAGGCUAUAUAUAGCUCAUAUUCGGAAAAUGAGGAUUCGGAAGACGAUUUAUCUUUGUCGACUUUAGCCAAAAAAAUGCGUACUACUACUGAAAAUUCACAUGAAAAUGAGAACGAGCCUUCAGUUUCCAAUCCUAGAAUUAGUUCUACGCGUUUACCUAGUGUACUAAAAUCUCAACAGUACAAGUGGGUCAACCAGGAUAACCCGAGGGAACGUAGACAGUGGCAAGACCGGGAAGAGCCGAAAAAUCGUCAAUCUCCUAUGUAUUACUAUGAGUGUAUGAUGAAUGAUGAGAUAAUUGAGCUGUUGGUAUAUUAUACAAAUUUGUACGCGAGCCAGAAAAAUGCCGUCGGUAAUGUAACUACUUCAGAAAUGAAGUGUUUUUUGGGAAUACUUUUAUACAGUGGUUACGUUUCGGUACCACGUCGAUAUAUGUUUUGGGAGAAAUCUUCUGAUACUCACUUUGACAUUGUGUAUAAUGACCCGAAGACGUGUUUUGUGGCCUAUCAUACUAGUGUUAAAUUUAUAGGCAAUUAUACAAAUGUUUAACAAUGUUAGUGUGUUUUUAUUUGAAUCCAGAAUAUAUUUAUGUUACUACUGGCUGGUAGCCACCGAUUUUACUACCGGGCGUUAUAACGCCACUCGUUUUCCAGCUUUUCCAGGCGAUCAAUAUUUUUUAUUUUAUUUUUCGUAUAACAUUACUUCAUUAUAGAACAUCAUAUUUAAAAAUCAAAGCAAUCCGACUCUUUAAAAAGUUUCAGUAAUAACUG